AUGUCUCACGUGAAAGGUCGGAAUGACCUUGACCUUGAUGACUUGCUUGGUCACCUACCAUUCACCAAUGUCGAGGACGCAAGCCAAAAGUCGUACCUUGGGGAACCCGAACGGGAAAGUGUGCCGUUCGAGACCAAUCUGACGACUAAUUUGGCUGCUUCUCAACCGCCUCAAGGUUCGUUGCGGCUUACAAAAAUCUACCACGAGAAUCCUUCGACUGAGAGUCAACUACUAGCAGCUGGAGGGGGUUCUUCAACUCCCGGGAACCUUCGAGUGAUUGCAAUUGAUUACAUAGUCUUCAACCGAACGGCCGGCAACCAGGUCGCUCAAGUCCGACCGUCAAGUUCGAAGGCCAGCCCCGCCGCCUCAGCGAAAGAGUGGGAGAAAAUUACUCCGACCUUUGAUACAGUAUGGAAGGCGGCCUUGGAGGUGUGGUCCUGGCCGAAUGCUCAGCAGUGCAUCAUAACUCUGCUGCGCGAAGGGCGGCCCCUUGUGGCUGAUCACCUGGUCAAUCUCCAGGAGAAUGGGCUGCUCAAAUGGCAGUGCAUCCUUGCGAAUCACUCGACUUACGGCGCCAACAAGAUGUACUUGGUUUACUCCGACGAGGAUUUUACGCCGUUUGUCGCUGCGGUCCUCAAGAAGCCGGGAUCGAAGGUGACAAUCAAGCUACUGAUGGACGACCCGGCAAGGUCAGCUAGGAGGAAGCAGGCGCCUAAAUGUGACCAAGAUUCUGCCGCGCGGACACGCUUUGUUGUGGAGAUAACCGAUUGGAUCACCUCAACAUACGGAUGUGACAGUGAGUCACUUCGCAUCAAGGACCCGGCGAACCCGGAGUGCUCAAUGCGAGUCACUCGAGAUGGCCUCUAUGUGUGGAGUCGAGCCUUGGUUCACAAGGCAAAAGGCGUGACCACCGAGAUUCCCCCAGUGACCAAGGAGUUCGUGUCGGAGCCAAUCACGAUUUACACUCUGGCCGAACAAAGCGCGCUCGCUAACCGCCGAGGUGGCAAGGCCCAGUCUGCAAGGCCGACCGGUUUGUCAUCAUUGGACACGCCUCAGUUCACUGCACCCCGGGUCAUGCCAUGCGGCCGAAUCCGCCCUCCUCGUUUGAUCACCUCCCCACCGGCGCACGUGUCUCCUGGCCCUUCCACACCCGCUGGCAUUAAGUCGAAUGCCCACGAGUCAUCGAGAGGUGUCCCGAGUGACCCAUUUGAGACCCCAGCGGAUCCACAUCGCUUGGGUGAAUCCGGACCCCCGGCUCGAGGAAACGUGGUGGAUUUGGACGCAGCUUCCGACGAUGACCCGCGGUCAAUCCCUGCGACCCCUAUGGGGACGAUUAAUCGUCCUCCUGGCAGCCGAUCCAGUACCGACAUUGAGGUCUGGUCAGCUGAUCGAUCACCGGCUCGCAAGAUUGCCCGGAGCCCCGGUGGGGGUGGUAUCAGUGUCGGUCGCUUGGACUAUAAUACUUCUGGUCCUGCCCGCGGCGGACCCGAGACCUCGCCCACCAGGAAGAUAGCCGGCUCAAAUGGCACUGCAAGUGUCGGCUCGGCCGGAACCAGUCAGGUCUUAUCCAUGGGAUCUGGCCCAAGUGCCAUGUUAUCGAUGGGGUCGGCUGUCCUGAUUCCCCCCAGGAGGUCUCUCCCGCCUCUGAACAACUUAGGACGGGCGCUCGGUAUGGAAACGUUCUUAGACCUGUGUAACUUCCAGAGGGACGACUUGGUCCCACGCGUGUUGAUCAACAUGGCCCAUAUCAGGCAUUGGGAGUUUUUUUACCGCAACACCGAUGUGAUCCAACUGCAGAGAAUGGGUUUCCCAUACCCUAUUGCCUCACAGCUCAUGAAUGGAGCCGAGUAUGUGGGUGCAACUCAUACUGAAGCCCCUGUGGACGAACCAGAAGACGAGGCCGCGAAUCACACCAGACAAGAUGGGCCAGGCGAAGACGACGAUCAGGAAGAUCCAACUGCCAACCUCGCGGGUGCCGACACGCAGGCUCCAGCCCUUUCCCCAGAGUACUAA